ACUUUAAAAAUGGCGGCCUCCAUGAACUAGUAUGAACUAGUGCCUGAUGCAGUGGUGAUCAAUAAUGCAGGCGGACGUUAAUACUGCAAUGGAGGGCAGUCCAGAACACGAGGGACAUCAAGGUGGUAUGAGGAGUUGGAGUUACGUUCCAAGAAGACGGAGAAUUCUUCCAGGAGAUGAUUUCUUUGAAGAUGGAAAUCUUGAGACGAGUCUGGCACACAAGCAGAUGCCGGUGGAAGACCUUGAUUCAGAGGAGCUUCUUACAAGGCACGAGGAUUUCAAGUGUCACGUGAUCGGUUGCGGCCAAUCCUUCACCACCGUCCAGUCUUACGAGAUCCACUACAACGGUGCCCAUCGUAACAUCUGUCGCGACUGCCGACGGUCCUACCCAUCCAAUCACCUCCUGGACAUCCACAUCCUGGAGUCACAUGACUCGCUGUUUGAGGUCAUGGCUCAGAGACAGCCCAUGUACCAGUGUCUGGUGGAGAGCUGCCAGGAGAAAUUCAACAAUUCCCAGAAUCGCAGAGAACACCUGAUUAAGCAGCACCAUUACCCGGCGGACUUCAGGUUCCAAAAAGGAAUAUCCAAACAUCGGUCCCAGGGAAAGCCCAAGCAAACUAGCGACGAAGCCAUGGAGACUGAAGCACCAGGAGAUGGGGACACGCGCAGUGAUACAUCCCCUGCCACGCACGGUGACAAACCACAGACAACAUGCCACCCAGCACCAGUUGAAAACAGACAACGCAGGGUACCCGUGAACAUUUCCUUUGGAAGAGGCGGGACACGGUCAUUUCAACGCGCCGCACACCCCCAGAAACAACAAAGCAAACCGAAGAAGCACAGUGGACACGCCCACAAGCAGAAAAGCCACGCCCCAAUCAAAGAUGAACCAAUGGAUGCAAUGCUUGGGGAGGCAGAUGGGAGAUCAGAGCGUGAUGUCACGAAUGUUAAUGAGGACAGUAAUGAACAGGAAUCAAUGAGUAUCAGCAAUGAAUAUUCAUGAUGUCUGCAUUGGCCAAUUAAUGGCAAGCUCAGGCUCGAUCACUUUCUCAUCAACAGUUUGUGUGUGUUCCAUAAAGAAAAGUAGCAACAAAUUUCACAUACAUGUAGGUUUAAACGCAUGACCACAGACAGUAAUUUUACAUCUUACUUUUAGGCC